AUGAUGAAAGUUAUCUUACUUCUAUAUGUAUUCGUUCUACAUAACCUAAAUACUAAUGGCUUAUUACACAAAACAAAUACUGAAAUAACCACUACUGAUCAUCAUGUUCUAUCAACUACUAAAAUAUAUUCAAAUAUUGCUGAAAUUAUCGAACCACUUGGUAAAUUACCAAUUGAAUUUUCAUAUGAAGAUUGGAGUGAUAUUCAUUCUGAUUCAAUAAAACUUGUUGGUGCUAAUGUGAAUGUAACACAACAGUCAAUUACUGCAAAGAAAAAAUCACUUAACAAUGCUCAAGUUUAUGUUCGUACACCGUCAUCAUCAAAUAGUCAAACAAAAUUUGUUAAAGCAACAAUGAUUGACGAAACACGAAAUUUAGUGAAACUUAUUGAUAAACAUAUUAGCGAAGAACCAAUCUUUUUUAUUGCCCAAUCAGACUAUAUUAUUUAUGAGAAUGAGCCACCUCAAACAAAAUAUUACGUUAAUUUUUCAUAUGAUACAACUGAUGCAGUUUAUUUAAGUUAUCUUCGAAGAAAUCUCAACUGGAAAACUCGUUAUCAAUUGAAUCUUUUUGAAGAAUCAAAAUCUGCAACUCUAAUCGCUCUAGCUGAUAUUCGAAAUGAUGGAAAAUCAAGAAUUGAUAUUAAAUCUGCAGAACUUUUAAGUAAUGAUUUCAAUAUACUGACGUCUCAAUCGAGAUUAGAGGAUCCUCGCCGUCUUACAUUUGACGGAUCGUCACAUCGUACUCAAGAACAUGAACCAGAUCUGACGUACAAAGUUGUGAAUCCACCCAUUGAUCAAGGAGAAGAUUUAUCCGGUUUAUAUGUAUUUUCUAUCAAUCAAUCAUUUUCAAUUGAUACUAAAACAAAUUAUCUUAUAACAAUGUUUCAUAUACCAGUGAAUAUAGAACGAUAUGCUUCGAUUUCGAAACAUUUCUCUACUCCUGGAUAUAUCCAUGGUAAAGCUGAACGUGCAUAUCGUCUUACAUCUGAUCGUUUUCUUCCAUAUGGUAAUUAUAUUAUACGUGAAUUUGAUUGUCUUGUUGGUGAAACAUUAUUACCAAAUAUAGGUGCUAAACAGAAACAUGAGUUUUCAAUUGGUCAACAUAAUGAUAUAAUUUACAAAGAAAAUUCAAUACUAAUCUCUUUGCCUAAUUCGAAUAUAACAACUGAAUAUCAAAAGGAGCUGAAAAUAAAGACACCAUUAAUAUAUGAGUUUAAUUUAUUCUUGAAAAAUUUCAAGAUAAAUCGUCCUCUUAAAAUUGAAUAUCAAAAACAUUUUGAUGGUGCUUUGAUUAAGUUACUUACCACAAGUGCUAAUCUAACACUUGAAAACACAACGAUUAAAUAUACAACAAUAAUACCAGCAAAUAAUGAAAAAAUAUUAGUUUAUAAAGUUGAAAUAACCAAAUAA